AUGAAGGCCUCUUUCGUUCUCUCCGCCGUCCUCGGCCUGGUUUCUUCCACCUCUGCUCACUACACCUUCGACAAGCUCUUGCUCAACGGCGCUCUGCAGGGCGGCGACAACACCUACGUCAGAAAGCACCAGAACGGCUACAUGCCCACCAAGUUCAAGAACAUCCCCUCCGGCUCCAUCUCGCCCACCGAUACCGACUUCAGCUGCAAUAAGGGCGCCACUGCCGCCCCCAAAGUCAUCACGGUCAAGGCGGGAGACAAGGUCGCCCUCAAGCAGGCCUUCGGUGGCACUGGCAUGAAGCACCCUGGUCCCUCUCAGUUCUACAUGAGCCCCGUCAGCGACGCCUCUUCCGACAAGGGCACCGGAACCUGGUACAAGGUCCACCAGUCUCUCCUCUGCACGGCUGGUAGCGCCGAGACCCUUCGUUAUGACGCCUGGUGCAGCUACGGCGAGGACAACGUCUCCAUGACCAUCCCCGCGACUAUUCCCAACGGCCAGUACCUCCUUCGUGGCGAGCACAUCGGUCUUCACGGCGCGCACGACGGCCAGGCUGAGUUCUACUACGCCUGCGCCCAGGUUGAGGUCACCGGCAACUCGGCCACCAACAUGCCCGGCACUGGAGUCAAGAUUCCUGGCGUCUACAAGCAGGCCGACGCCCCCGUCAACUUCAGCGUUUGGGGCACCUCCACCUCCUAUGACAAGGCUCCCGGCCCUGAUGUCAUCCCCGGUGGCACCAUCCGCGGCAGCGCCGACGGAUCUUCCGGCGACAAGACCACCACCGUUUCUGGUGGCAGCACCGCUGCUUCGGCCGCGAGCGCCUCUCAGUCUGCUGCUGCCGACUGCUAA